UUACAAUAUGGUGGAAUCAAGAUACUACAACAUUAUGUCCUCCUAUUGAGUAUUACAUUAUUAAUGUAUACAUUACAACAAUUUGUAUUAAUAGUUGUUCUGUGUACAGUUAUAAUGUAACAGAUACUAAUACUACUAUUACUGGACUAUCUCCUAUUAAUGAAUACUACACUGUUACUAUCAUACCUGUUAAUGUUAUUGGAUAUGGACCAUCAGUCAUUGUUAAUGUCAGUAUAACCACUAAUACAUCAAGUAUCACUAACAUUAUGAUGAGUACUGCUGAGUAUAUCACAACACAAGAUAAAAGCUCAGCUAUGACAGCAUUACCAACAAUCACAGAAACACAAUUAAUUACAACAACUGAAACAAUAAUAAGUAGUUGUAGUAUUGAGAGUUCUUCUUCAUGCAUUACCACAACAAUGUCACAAUCAACAGAUGUAGGAUCCAUUAGUGUUGCUAUUGCUGUACCUAUCACUGGUCUAUUAACUGGACUCAUCACUGCAAUAAUUACUAGUAUCAUUGUAUGUUUAAUAAUGAAAAAGAGAGGGACUACAAUACAAAAUAAAACUCCAGUAGGAGGAGGAGGAGAAGCAGCAGUUAUUGGUCCAAUAUAUGAUUUACCAACAAUCAAUACUGAACAACAAGAACAAAUUAUUGAUACUAAACUUAACACUGCAUAUGGGCAAGCUAAUAUAUAA